AUGGAGGCAACCCAAAGAGAUGUUGUGGCUUUCAACAACAUUCUCAAUGUGUAUUCUAGGGCGUCGGGGCAACUUAUAAAUUUGGAGAAAUCUGAUGUAAGCUUUGGAAAAUGUGUAAGUCUGGAGGAUCAAAAAAAGCUUGCUGAGUUGUUGCGGGUUAAUCUUGUUACGGUGCAUGGGAAGUAUCUGGGACUUCCAUCUUUUGUGGGAAGGAACAAAAGAGAAGUGUUUGAGUGUGUUAAAGAUAGAGUUUGGAAGCGGCUAAAGGGGUGGAAACGAUCGUUAUUCUCUGCUGCAGGGAAAGAAAUUCUUAUUAAAGCAGUCAUUCAGGCUAUUCCCACUUAUGUGAUGAGCUGUUUUAGAAUCCCAAAGAAAAUAAUUGAUAGUCUUCAUGGCAUGGCAGCUAGAUUCUGGUGGGGUUCUACGGAGAAAAAAAAAGAAGAUUCAUUGGUGCAAAUGGGAUACCUUAUGCAAGAGCAAGGACAAUGGGGGUCUGGGUUUCAGAAAUCUCCAAGUUUUCAAUUAGGCAAUGUUGGCUAA